UUAUCUUGAUUGGCGAUUGCCAGGUAUUAGGCGAUACCAUGAAUCGAUCUGAACAAACUGAACAGCAGCAGCAGCAGCCUGUGAUUGGAGUUGUAGAUGAUGCCGGUCCUCACCAAACUGCUCUCACGAUCGCUUCUGACACUCCAGCAGUGGCGGUCCCUUCACCGACUGCUUUCUCUAGUUCGCCGCAGCAACUUGCCUACCAACAAGCACAGCAGUUCCACCACCACCACCAGCAGCUUCAAACGUUCUGGGCCAACCAGAUGCAAGAAAUCGAGCAAAUGUCGGACUUCAGGAACCAGAGUCUCCCACUUACACUGAUAAAAAAGAUAAUGAAAGUGGACGAGGAUGUGCGGAUGAUAUCGGCAGAGGCUCCUGUAAUUUUUGCGAAAGCCUGCGAGAUCAUCAUCUUGGAACUCACAUUGCGCUCCUGGAUCCAUACAGAAGAGAACAAAAGGAGGGCGCUGCAGAAGAACAAUAUCGUAGCCGCCAUUUCACGGACCGAAGUCUUUGAUUUCUUAGUCGAUAUUAUUCCGAGACCAUCAAGGAAUCAUUUGAAGAAAUUAAUUUAA